CUGGAACGCUUCGUUGGCCCCGCGGAGCCGGUGGAGCAGUUGUCAUCUGUGGCCACAAGGAAAGUUAUUUGUCUCUGUCUUGGCAAGGCUGGGAGGAAAGUUUUAUCAAAGAACCUCACCCCAUUGGAGACCAUGGAUAAGUACGAUGUGAUUAAGGCCAUCGGGCAAGGUGCCUUCGGGAAAGCAUACUUAGCUAAAGGGAAAUCAGAUAGCAAGCACUGUGUCAUAAAAGAGAUCAAUUUUGAAAAGAUGCCCAUACAAGAAAAAGAAGCUUCAAAGAAAGAAGUCAUUCUUCUGGCAAAGAUGAAACAUCCCAACGUUGUAGCCUUCUUCAAUUCAUUUCAAGAGAAUGGCAGGCUGUUUAUUGUAAUGGAAUAUUGUGAUGGAGGGGAUCUCAUGAAAAGGAUCAAUAGACAACGGGGUGUGUUAUUUAGUGAAGAUCAGAUCCUCGGAUGGUUUGUACAGAUUUCUCUAGGACUAAAACAUAUUCAUGACAGGAAGAUAUUACACAGGGACAUAAAAGCUCAGAACAUUUUUCUUAGCAAGAAUGGAAUGGUUGCAAAGCUUGGGGACUUUGGUAUAGCAAGAGUCCUGAAUAAUUCCAUGGAACUUGCUCGAACUUGUAUUGGAACACCUUACUACCUGUCCCCAGAGAUCUGUCAGAAUAAACCCUACAACAAUAAAACGGAUAUUUGGUCUCUUGGCUGUGUCUUAUAUGAGCUCUGCACACUCAAACAUCCUUUUGAGGGUAACAACUUACAGCAGCUGGUUCUGAAGAUUUGUCAAGCACAUUUUGCCCCAAUAUCUCCAAGGUUUUCGCGUGAGCUACAUUCCUUGAUAUCUCAGCUCUUUCAAGUAUCUCCUCGAGACCGACCAUCCAUAAAUUCCAUUUUGAAAAGGCCCUUUUUAGAGAAUCUUAUUCCCAAAUAUUUGACUCCUGAGGUCAUUCAGGAAGAAUUUAAUCACAUGCUUAUAUGCAGAGCAGGAGCGCCAGCUUCUCCACAGGCUGGGAAGGUGGUCCAGAAGUAUAAAAUACAAAAAGUGAAAUUCCAGGGAAAGUGCCCACCAAGAUCAAGGAUAUCUGUGCCAAUUAAAAGGAAUGCUAUAUUGCAUAGAAAUGAAUGGAGACCAUCAGCUGGAGCCCAGAAGGCCAGAUCCAUAAAAAUGAUAGAAAGGCCCAAACUUGCUGCUGUGUGUGGACAUUAUGAUUAUUAUUAUGCUCAACUUGAUAUGCUGAGGAGAAGAGCCCAGGAACCAAGUUAUCACCCUAUUCCUCAAGAAAAUACUGGAGUUGGGGAUUACAGUCAGGAAGAGAGGCAUGGUCCAUCCCCAAGUCAAUGGCCUGCUGACUACCUUCAGAGAAAAUUUGAAGCUCAACAGUAUAAGCUGAAAGUAGAGAAGCAAUUGGGUCUUCGUCCAUCUUCUGCCGAGCCAAAUUACAUCCAGAGACAAGAGCUAAGAAGUAAUGGAGAAGAGCCUAGAUUCCAGGAGUGGCCAUUUAGGAAAAACGAGAUGAAGGAACAGGAAUAUUGGAAGCAGUUAGAGGAAAUACGCCAACAGUACCACAAUGACAUGAAAGAAAUUAGAAAGAAGAUGGGGAGAGAACCAGAGGAGAACUCAAAAAUAAGUCAUAAAACCUAUUUGGUGAAGAAGAGUAACCUGCCUGUCCAUCAAGAUGCAUCUGAGGGAGAAGCACCUGUGCAGACGGAGUUUUGCUCUUGUUGCCCAGGCUGGAGUGCAAUGGCACGAUCUCGGCUCACCGCAACCUCUGCCUCCCGGGACAUUGAAAGAGACUUGAAACAAAUGAGGCUUCAGAGCACAAAAGAAAGUAAAAAUCCAGAACAGAAAUAUAAAGCUAAGAAGGGGGUAAAGUUUGAAAUUAAUUUAGACAAAUGUAUUUCUGAUGAAAACAUCCUCCAAGAGGAAGAGGCAAUGGAUAUACUAAAUGAAACUUUGACCUUUGAGGAUGGCCUGAAGUUUAAGGAAUAUAAAUGUGUAAAGGAGCAUGGAGAUUAUACAGACAAAGCAUUUGAGAAACUUCACUGCCCAGAAGCAGGGUUUUCCACGCAGACUGUAGCUGCUGUGGGAAACAGGAGGCAGUGGGAUGGAGGAGCGCCUCAGGCUCUGCUGCAGAUGAUGGCAGUGGCCGACAUCACCUCCACCUGCCCCACGGGGCCUGAGGGUGAGUCUGUGCUUAGUGUCAGUCGUCAGGAAGGAAAGACCAAGGACCCGUACAGCCCGGUGCUCAUCCUGAUGUGAUAGUCUACUUCUCAGUACAACCCCUAUAGAUCUUGUAUCAGACACUUUCAAAUAUGUAGUUUUGAUAUCUCCCUACUCCUAAAGAGACUUGCCUGCUAAUUAUCCUGGACAGACGACCACUCUAGACAUGCACAUAUAAAGGAGGAAAAAUCCAGGAUGCCACCUUCCUCGGAGUGAGGGAAAAUGCAUGAGGAAGGGCAGCUGACUUGAUUUACCUUCCAAGGCCAGCUCAACAACUUUUUUUGCGAUUUCAUAGGGUCAUUUUUUUUUCU